AAGAGGGGAGCAGAGGGGAGCAAUCCCAUGUGAUAGCGCAAGCUCUCGCACAUUUCAUUCUGCUGGCAAGACAACGUGUGAUCACGCUGCGACGAUUUUCAAUUACUUUUGUGACUAGAAUAUCUUAACCAACAACUUUUCCUUUUCCAUUAAAUAAAGAUGCAUAGAUUACCAACUGUUUUGCGUAGCACAGCUUUGCGGCAACUACAAGCCCGUUCAUAUGCUAAAGAUGUCCGUUUUGGAUCAGAAGUUAGGGCUCUUAUGUUACAAGGUGUAGAUAUAUUAGCGGAUGCUGUUGCAGUAACGAUGGGUCCAAAGGGACGUAAUGUUAUCUUAGAACAAAGUUGGGGAAGUCCAAAAAUUACCAAAGAUGGUGUCACGGUAGCUAAGGGAGUGGAACUAAAAGAUAAGUUCCAAAAUAUUGGAGCAAAACUGGUGCAAGACGUAGCGAAUAACACAAAUGAAGAAGCAGGUGAUGGGACAACUACAGCGACAGUUUUGGCUAGAGCCAUUGCUAAAGAUGGUUUUGAAAAAAUUAGUAAAGGUGCCAAUCCUGUAGAAAUAAGAAGAGGUGUUAUGUUGGCUGUUGAUAAAGUCAAAGAUGAAUUGAAGGCAUUGAGUAAACCGGUGACAACACCAGAGGAAAUAGCACAAGUAGCAACUAUUUCAGCCAAUGGUGAUAAAGCCAUUGGUAAUCUUAUUUCUGAUGCUAUGAAAAAAGUUGGAAAAGAAGGGGUGAUCACUGUAAAAGAUGGUAAAACAUUAUACGACGAACUAGAAGUUAUAGAAGGAAUGAAAUUUGAUAGGGGCUACAUAUCUCCCUACUUCAUAAACUCUAGUAAAGGAGCAAAAGUUGAAUUCCAGGAUGCACUGUUACUUUAUAGCGAAAAAAAGAUAUCCUCCGUACAGUCCAUUAUUCCUGCAUUAGAAUUAGCAAACUCACAGAGAAAACCACUUGUUAUCAUAGCAGAAGAUAUUGAUGGAGAGGCUUUAUCGACGCUUGUAGUGAACAGAUUGAAAAUCGGUUUGCAAGUAGCUGCAGUUAAAGCCCCUGGUUUUGGAGAUAAUAGAAAGGCGACGCUUCAGGAUAUGGCUAUCGCGACUGGAGGAAUCGUGUUUGGCGAUGAUGCGAAUCUCGUUAAGAUAGAAAAUGUACAGUUAUCUGAUUUGGGUGAAGUAGGCGAAGUUGUAAUUACAAAAGAUGAUACGCUCCUUCUGAAAGGCAAAGGCAAGAAGAAUGAUAUUGAACACAGAGCAGAUGUAAUUAGAGAUCAGAUUGCCAAUACAACAUCUGACUAUGAAAAAGAAAAAUUACAAGAGCGUUUGGCAAGAUUGGCAUCAGGAGUUGCAGUUUUAAGAGUCGGCGGAAGCAGCGAAGUGGAAGUUAAUGAAAAGAAAGAUCGCGUUCACGAUGCUCUUAAUGCUACUCGUGCUGCAGUGGAAGAAGGCAUUGUUCCUGGAGGUGGAACCGCCCUUUUGAGAUGUAUUCCAGCCCUUCGUAGUAUGAAAGCAUUAAAUAGUGAUCAAGAAACGGGUAUUAAGAUAGUGGCAAGUGCAUUACGUAUGCCAUGUUUGCAGAUUGCUCAGAAUGCAGGAGUGGACGCUAGUGUUGUGGUAGCGAAAGUCAGUGAAAGCAAUCUCGGUUAUGACGCAUUGAAUGAUGAAUAUGUUGAUAUGAUUGAAAAAGGUAUCAUUGACCCAACUAAGGUAGUCCGUACAGCGCUUACCGAUGCCGCGGGUGUUGCGUCGUUACUUACGACGGCGGAAGCGGUAGUGGCUGAAUUGCCGAAAGAAGAACCUCAGAUGCCAAUGGGCGGUGGUGGAAUGGGUGGAAUGGGUGGUAUGGGUGGUAUGGGAGGCAUGGGCAUGUAACUGAGUGAAAUCCCGUACAAAGACUGAAUUUCGUACAGUAAUUAACGUUUGGCAACAUUACAAUUCAAUCACGAUAUUAAUUGUGUGUUAUACAUUGCGGUUCGUAUUGCAAAUAACACGACUAUAAUGUGCCGAUUGAAUAAUCGAAAAAAGCGGAACGCUUAGAAACAGUUGUACUUUAAAACAGAAGAUGAAGACAUAGAGACUAAGUUUUUGCCUGUGCGUUAAAAUAUUUGUUCUAGAAUCAUUUGUUUUUGUAUUUUCUUUCUGCAUUUCGAGCAUUAUCGUUUCAUUGGAUACAUGCUACAACGAAAGUUACUUUUUCACUUAAAUAUAUUUUAUGCCAACAACUUACUCUGCCGUUACGUAACAUAAUGUAACAAAUUAUAACAUGUAAGAGAAAUAACAGAAAUUUUGAGUAAAAAAAGAAAAUGAAUUAUAAAAUCUAUGAAACGUUUGAGUUAAUACACAUUGUUCGCCGUUGUCUUCUUCAUGUAAAAAAACUAUUAUAUUAGAAUGUUUAUUAAAUUAAUUGCAUUUUUUCACUCUAUUAGUAAGAAAUUGUAAAAAAAUAUUCUUCGGAAAUCAUAAGAAGGGUCGAAAUACCAAUAUCCUCUGAUGCAUUUUUAUAUAAUUUUUCAUCUGUAGGGGUGAAAUAGAAUACAAGUGUACAAACGUA